AUGAUGAGGUUUUUCGAGGACGAAACCGAGAAGGUGAAAGGGUUCACGUCAGAAUCCACCGUCAGCUACAGAGACCGGCUCAAGAUCAUGGUCGGGCUGGUCAACCCGGACGACCUCCAGCUGGGCUCUACGGAGAGGAAGCUCGUCCAGGCGUACAACGAGAAGCCAGUCCUCUCGCGGCCCCAGCACAGCUUCUACGAGGGAGAGGACUACCUUGAGGUGGACCUUGACAUCCACCGGUUCAGCUACAUUGCUAGGAAGGGGCUGGAUUCGUUCAGGGCACGCCUCAAGAACGGCAUCCUCGAUCUGGGGUUAACGAUCCAGGCCUAGAAGCAGUCGGAGCUCCCUGAGCAGGUCCUCUGCUGCGUCAGGCUGAACAAGAUCGAUUUCACUGACCAAGAAGUUCCAACAAUAGUCACCAUUGAUG